GAGAUCAUCCCAACUGUGGUGGCACCUGUGGUUGCAGACAGAGUGGGCCUGUAUGCAGUGGCAGCAUCUGUGAUCAUGAGAGAAAGUUCUGGGGAGGAGGCAUCCUGUACCAUCAGAAAUUCCCUUCUCCAACAGGAGAAGACAGCUAGGAUUUCCAUCGCAGACCCCUUCUUCAGGAAUGCCCAACGCUGGAUCGCUGCCCUGGCGGGGACUCUGCCUGUUGUGCUGCUGCUUCUUACAGGGACAGGUUACUUCUUGUGGAGACAGCAAGAGGAAAAAAAGACUCUGUUCAAGGAGAAAGAAAGAGAGCAAAAGAUGAGUGAAUUGGCACAGAUUACAACGGAGCAGGAAAAAAGCACGAGAGAGAAGCUGAAGGAUGAACUCAAGUGGAGAAAAAUCCAGUAUAUGGCUUUUGGGAAAAAGUCUCCAGCCUAUGAUGAAUGGAAAGCGGCCCUCUUCCAAGCUG